AUGGCCAUGAAUUACCGCGCCGGACAGUUCGACGGUGCGUACAACCCGCGCCGCCUCCGCAAUUGGGAGGUCCCCGAGCGGUGGCCUUCAAAGCGAGCCGCCUUCGGCAGAGAUCACCAUCAGCCGCGACCCAUAGCCAACGACAGGGGGCACCUGCUGCCGGGGGUCCCCAGAGGUCCACGAGGGCCCUGGGGCUGCUACCGGGGCACCUGGGAACUGCCGAGGCGCAUCACCAGGAAGCAAGGUCAGUACUGUGAGGCCGCCCUGUUCCUGUGGAAUUACUCUGUAGCGCUGUGCAGCCUCAGGUGCCGACUGCGGCCCCACCCUGUGGUUGCAGCUGAGGAGCUGUCGGUGGUGAACCCCCCGGUCCGCCCGCCACCCGUGGAGCCCAGCUCGUGGCAGAAGCGGUCCGCCUCCAGUGUACCGGUGCCGGAGAGGUCGCAGGCCGCGCAGGAGGCGAUAGACCGGGCGGCGGAAGCGGCGCCACAGCCUCAAGAGGACCAGCAGGAGGCGGGGCCGGUGAGUGCCGCUAAUCUGCCGCCAGGCACCUCACAACAACAGCGGCUCCCUAUUUCACUGUGA